UUCCUUCCCCUCCUUCUCCACUUUCCCCUCCUCCUCCUCCUCCUCUUCCUCCUCCUUUCCCUUCCCCCUCUCACCUCCACACCCUUACUUCCCUUUACUCUCUAACUCUGACUCCCCUUACUUUCCCCUCCCCUUAGCCUCAGACUGUUUCCCUCCCCACGUUUCCCCCCACAACUGCCUCCUCCUCCUCCUCCUCCUCCUCGUGCUGGUCUUCCCUGUCUGGCGUCUCACUCCACCUCUGUGUUCGUGUCUCGUGUGUUGCUUCAGACGGCUUGCUCCCAGGAAACACUUGUCAGCACUUGUGAACACUUGAGAACGCGAGAACACCUGAACCACGUGUGCUAGAAAAGAGAGAAAAGUAAACACGAAACAUUUAAAAGCCAGAAAACAAUACGAUAAACCAAACGGAGACUUAUAUAUAAAAAGUGUAAGAACUGAAUACUCUUAAAAAUCAAAGACAUAAAGACAUGUUUUUCAAUCCCAACAUCGGUAUGAGAACCUUCCUACAUCAAUGAAGAAAAAGAAAACACUCACAAAAAGAUCUUCACUCCCCCCCAACACACACACACACACACACACACACACACACACACACACACACACACACACACACACACACACACACUAGUCAGCCACCAGCAUCAAGUACUUCGUUAGCACCCGUUUAGCACACAGAAGGAGACUUUGAAGUGCUGAAAUGAUAAAAAUCCCUCAAAAGCCUAUUUGCCAUCAGACUGAAGGCGCCAAAAUAUGAUUCACCCGCGACUAGAGCAGAGGAGGCGGCGGUGGUGGCGGUAGCGUCUUGGUGGGGAGAAAACCCUUAUGUUGAGUCUCGCAGAGUGUUGAGGAAGGCAGUGUUGCGACCAGAGAUGCCUUGGAGUGUUACAUUCGUCCUGAUGGUGUUGCCUUGAGUGUUGUGACAGGGAAAAGAAGAAGAUCACAGCAAUUUCCCGAUAUAUUCCACCUUCUCCUCCUCUUCUUCUUCCUCCUGCUCCUGCUGCUCCUGCUGAUGCGUUGGCGAGGGAGCGGCGGCGUCAUAAAGGUGACGUGACAAGCCCCAGCUGGAGAUGCGAUGCUAUCAUUGAGGGGAGAGUGACGGCGACUCCAGUGACCUCGUUUCGUCCCGCCAGCAGCACCGGGGGACCACUAAAGUGUUCCCUCCCAGCAGACGACAGAUAAACGAGAGGUGAGGCGCUGGGACCUGAUCGAGGAGGCGUCCCAGGAGUAGAGAAGAGGAAGAUCCAGCGAGAGAUUGCGUCACCGCGGCGUUGGGCAGCAUGUCCCGCCAGGAGGGUUCAUUCGAGGCCCGGGGGAGAUUCUUUGACGAGCAGCUGGCCCGCCGAGGCUCCGCAGAUGUUCAGCGUCCCCGCCACGGCACUCCACCUACUACAGGCACUCCGCCGGCAGGCACUCCUCACCUCAGCCCCCGCUAUCUGCCGCGUCCCAACACCCCCUCCACCAGCCCCGCCACGCCCAUCAACUCAGGCACGCCACCCCCCGAUGCACCGCCCCCCUACUCUUACCUGGACACUAUGCCACCAUCCAGAAAAAACUCCCUCUUGCCACCUGGGUCGGACUCACGCCGCAGCUCGCUAACGAAGAGGUCGCUCACGGACCUCGCACAGGACGCCAGGAAGGGCAUCAGGAACGUCAAAGACACCUCGAUGAAGGCCGGACAGAAGAACCCCUUUUUAUAUGUGGUGGACUCGACCAAGGAGACCCGCCAACGCAUCAUCGGUGACGUGGAGGCCACCACUAAAAUGGUCAAGAACAAGACGGUGAGCGUGUCUGGACAUAUGAAAGAUGCCACGGUGGGCGCCAGUCAAUGGGUGGCCUCGCAGACCUCCCGCACGGCCAAGGUCGCCAUGGAGCAGGCCAAGGCAGGCAUGAGCUUCGGGGAGAAGUUCACCUUGUAUGCUGUGGAAAAGAUCUCCACGUUCUCCAAGAAGGGCUUCACUCAUGUCUUUAUGUUCCUGGUGCUGGCCCUGUACACGGCUCUGGGGGCUCUACUCUUCAUCGCCAUCGAAGGCCCGCACGAGAACGAGGAGAAGAAUGAUAUAGAGAGCGAAAGGAAGCUGCUGCUGGAGAGGCUCUGGGACCACCAAACCUUAAACAAAGACCUCAACUUCACGAGAUGGGAAGGGAUCGCCACGGGUUUUCUGAAGCGUUACGAUGAGCAGUUGUACCACUCCUGGUCUGUGGGGAUUUCGCCAGACACCGAUGACAGAAUCUGGACCUUCUGGAAAGCCAUGUUCUUCUGCUCCACCAUCACCACCACGAUAGGCUACGGUCACAUUUUUCCACGGACGAGCGCUGGCCGGGCUCUUACCAUUGUGUACGCCAUCCUCGGCAUUCCCAUCUUCCUUAUCCUGAUGGCAGACUUCGGUAAAGUCUUCACCAGGCUCCUUAAGUCCCUGUUCGUGUUGGUCAGGAAAAUGUACCGCUCCGCCACGUGCAAGAGAGUAAGGAAGACCCGAGCUGUGCAAUCUGUUAAGCACCCGACACCUACCACCCCCACCCCCCCUCUGGCAGUCCCCGAGUCCUCCUCCACCGAGAUGGAAAAGGAUGGAGAGGAGGGGGAGAAGAAGAAAGGGGAGGAGGACGAGGAGGAGGACGAGGACGAGGAGGGGGCGGUGGGGUGUCGUGGGAAGAGGAAGGUAAAAGAGAGGGAGCCUUUUCUGCCAGAGGAGCGAAACAAAGACAAGAUGAAGAACGGAAUGGAAAUAAGAAAGAACGGAAACUGGCUGGAGGAGGAACAUAAGGAAGAGGAGGAGGAGGAAGAGGUGGAAGUUCGCACGUGUUGUGUAUCUAGUGCGUGGCGCCGGAUGUGCCAUUGGUGCUCGACUACCAUAUGCAGGAGGAAGGAUGAAACCCCGGUGGAUACGCCGCAGUCCGAGGACGACACACUGGAGGACCUAGUGGACGACAACUUCAACCUGCCUAUCAGUCUGGCGCUGUUUAUCCUGCUCGUCUACAUCAUGAUUGGUUGCGUCAUCUACACCAUGUGGGAGAGCUGGACCUACUUCGAAGCCUUCUACUUCAUCUUCAUCUCCAUGACCACCAUUGGCUUCGGUGACUACGUGCCUGACCACCCCGCCUUCAUGAUGAUGACCACAGUCUACCUGGUGUUCCGGCCUCGCCCUCACUGCUAUGUGCAUCAACAUCAUACAAGAGAAGAUGACGGACACGUUCCGCGCGGCCACGGUGAAGAUGAAGGAGAGCAUCCAGCUGAUGAUGAACAACGCGGCCGCAGGGCGAGGAGGGCGAGGGGGACGAGGGGGGCGAGCUGCCGGAGGGGAGAGAGGUGGAGGUGGCGAAGGUGCAACGGCGCCAAGAAGACGCCGUCGGCCCCAAAUGCUUAGGCGGGGUGGCGAAGAAGGGCGCUUCGUCUUUUUAACUCCUUUUCCUCUUAACUUUUAUGUGAAUAGACUUUUAACGAGUGUCGAUCACACACACACACACACACACACACACACACACACACACAAACACACACACACACACACACACACACACACACACACACACACACACACACACACACACACACACACACACACACGAGUGGGGAGUUACGUACGCACAGUCACAAACACUCCUCUCACAAUGGUGUAGUGCAAGUGUUUUGCAUAAGACAAUAGUGUUAUUUUUUUCGUAUUUUUCUUUUCUUUUUACUUCUUUUUGGUGUUACACUUAAGAUGUAUCGUUACACUGAUGAGAUGUAUCGUUAUGCUCAACAUUACACUUAGAGUCACGGCUGUUGUGUCCUGGCGUCGGUCGUAUUACCAGUCCAUCAUGUCUCUUAUUCAACUACCUACCCUGCCCGGUGGCCGCCCGCCCACCUGCCGCGGUUCCCAGGCGAGGCGCGGCGCACACUGAGCGGUUUAGGUUCCUAGGAAUCUUUACACUCAACUUUUCAUCCUUCAACUCUUACUCCGAAACUUUCUCCAAAAGAGUUUGCUUAGUUCAACUUAAUCCUCAAUUUUCUUCGCGAACAUUAUCUCAAACUUUCCUCUUUUAAUUCGUGAAAACUUUUCCCCAGAGUUUUAGUGACUUCUUUACCCUGGCGCUGCAUUGUCAACAAGGUGUCACGUUCACAAAAAGAGGGACGAACACGGCUACAUUAUUCAAGGUGAGAGGAUGAGGGAAAGAGCGCCGGCGUGUGUCUCCGAGUGGCAGUGGUGGUGGCGGCGGUGAGGAAUGGUGGUGGGGGGUGGUGGUGGAGGUGAUAUGUAGCAUGACACCGCGGCCGUGAUCAGCAAGGCUCCUACACAGGACAUUCUGUUAAUACAGUAAAUAUAUGAUGAGCAUAUUGGUAACGGACAGAGCAAUUUUUCAAGUCAUAUAAUAGAUGAAAGCAGCGCGUUUGGAUCUUGCAGGAACGUGACCACGAUGCUGCUUGUCAAUACUGUGAUGAAGGGAGCCAUCACUGUCCACCAAGCCAAACACUGCAGGUCAGGUCAAAGGGUGACAUGUGUUAUACCAAACCACCACUGUGAGAAUGACGCUAACGGAGGUCCCAAAAUUCCCUUGCCUUACACAUUUUUUGCUCCGCCACCUGCAGGAAGGAAUCGCUCUUUUCUCAGUCUUUUUUCUAAGUCUCCAUCACGCAGCACGCAGGCAGUAGUCCGCCAGUCUCACAUGUUUGGCCUGACGAAGGGAAUAGUGAUCAGCAGGGGGCCACUCAUCAUCAAUAUCCAGCCAAGGUCCCUCAGACCACCGCGGCAGGAUCAAUCAUAUCAAUCACAAUCAAUUACAAUGGAGUAAAUUGGACAAGUGGUGCUGUGUGAUGUCGACACGUUGUGGUUUCCUGUGUGGUUUAGGCAUCAGUUGACGUUUCAUUGCACUGGGGGGGGGUAUUUAUAGCGUCAAUCAUUAUUCACUGUGGGUUUUGUACUGUGCCAUAAUUCAAACAUGAGCAUAAUCAUCACCUGGGCCAGUCCGCGCCGCUGCACUGCUUGGAAUCACGGAGCACGUCCCCGCCACCCUCGGGUUCCCUUCACAAUAAGUUUCGUAGAAAGUCGAGAACUGCCUACACACUUUUUUUUUUUUUUUAUCAACCCGAUUCACCUGUAGCGGUGUAGGGAAUAUUAAGAACCCAGACAGUUUUAUCGAUACGUGGGUCUGGAGGAUUAGGCCCCACCUACGCGUCAUCUUUAAUUGAUUUCUAAACUAUACCGUGUUUCUCGUUCGAAAGAAAAGACUGUUGUAGCUAAGCAAGUCUCACACGAACACCAGCUGUGGGCGCCCGUCCAAAUCACUAAACAUGUGUGGCAUCUUAAGUCAGGGAAUCCAGUCUUGAACGCAUCCAUACCCACUGCUCUGCCUCUCUCUCACCCUGUCCACGUGCACUCCACCCACCACACUACAUGGGUCAAGCUUAAUGCCAGCCCUCCUCCCAUCACGCCCCUCCCUCAGCGUGGCCUGUACGGGAGGCGGCGCGAGGUGGAAAUGUAGCAGGAAAUAGCCAAGUCCCUCCCGUCAGAUGUCAUGUGUCAGGUUUUCUGUGUCACGUUUUCUCUCGUCCACGAGCGGCUGUGUCUGUGUUCCAGUGUGUUGGUGUUACUCUUUAAGGCAUUCACUUGUUACGGAGCUAAGUUUAAGGUUAGAAUUAAGCCGCAGCCAGCACACACACACACACACACCAUACACACACACACACAAUGCCAGCUUGCGUCACCCCCGCUGCUGUCUCUCGGUGCACUGCUGGCCCAAGUGUCUUCAUUGAGGAGCUGUUGUUGUUCUGCUUUGCCCGUUGAACAUUUGCUCGAGUCCAUUAAUUAAUAAAAACACAUUGAAUAAAU